AUGGCUGGCUCCUUCACAAGUCCAUCGGUUCUUCCGCUCUUGGCCAGCGCCCAGUUGCUCACGUUCACCUGCAAGCAACAGCGAUCAGGCAGCGCGUAUACCCUGUCUGUCGGCAUUCAGCAGCACGACAUGAAGCAAAAGAUCGUGAUCAAGGUCAGCAUGUCGUCCGAGAAGAGCCGGUCCAAGGCCAUGGCGCUGGUCGCCAGAGCGGACGGGGUCAGCUCGAUGGGGAUCAUCGGCGACGGCAAGGACCGGCUGGAGGUGGUCGGCGUAGACGUCGACAACGUCUGCCUGGUCACGUGCCUGCGCAAGAAGCUCGGCCACGCUGACAUCGUGAAGGUGGAGGAAAUGAAGGACAAGAAGCCGGAGGAGAAGAAUCAGCCGGAGAAACCCAAGGUCGUGGAACUGCCGCCGUAUUACUGCCCUUGUUAUUACGGUUACUACUGCCACCACCACCACCACUAA